CAUUAAAAAAACUACGUUCUCUCCGAGUAUCUAGCUGCAACAUCACUAAACCAUUUCAGAAUGAUGGUUUGUCAUUUCCACUUUUGGAAAAGCUUAGAGUCGAUAAAUGCAAUAUAAUUCAAAAGUUUCCCUUCUUUCCAAUGCUAAAUAGUGUGAAGAUAGAAAACUGCCACGAAUGGUAUAACCACGAUCAUGAAGCUUGGUUACUUAAGCACGGAAACACAUUGCAAGAAGUAGUAUUGCAGGUUAAUAAGUUUUGCGAACCCAAAAUGCUUUCAUUGCUAAGAAGCUGCAGGAAGUUGAGAUAUCUUUAUGUGCAACCAAAAGUCUUUUACACUAUUUCAAAAACAGGCAUGUCCUUGUUUGUUGACAUUUUAAAAGAGAGAGGCUUCACUCCAGACAACCCAUUUAAACUGACAAUAAUAGGAAAUGCACUCUGUUGGGACGACGACCAAGAUUUACUUGAAUCGGCAAAAGUGUUUGAGGAAGAGCCAACCUCAGAGCUGUUACGUUGCACGAGUUACAUGACUGAUGUCACCUUAUUCUAAUGAGAAAAAUUAUUAGAGACGAUGGUUUUAAUUUCUGUAUCUAAUACUUUGCACAUAUAUUUGUUAGCUUUUUGCUAUACCCG